CCGCCUUGCUCAAAGGUUUCAUCCACAUACUUCACAGCGGUGAGUGUGUCUGCUGUGUCGACAUAACAGCAUUCCAUUUCUUCUCUUGUAUUUUCUAUUAUUUCACGCAUUCAGAAUGAGGGAAAUCGUACACAUUCAGGCCGGCCAGUGCGGUAACCAGAUUGGGGCCAAGUUCUGGGAGGUGAUCAGCGAUGAACAUGGUAUCGACCCCACAGGCACCUACCAUGGAGAUAGCGACCUACAGCUGGACAGGAUCAGUGUCUACUACAACGAGGCUUCAGGUGGCAAGUAUGUUCCCAGAGCGGUCCUAGUGGACCUGGAGCCCGGCACCAUGGAUUCUGUCAGAUCUGGACCCUUCGGACAGAUCUUCAGACCAGACAACUUUGUGUUUGGUCAGAGCGGUGCAGGAAACAACUGGGCAAAGGGCCACUACACUGAGGGAGCAGAGUUGGUGGACUCAGUCCUGGAUGUGGUGAGGAAAGAGGCUGAGAGCUGCGACUGCCUCCAGGGCUUCCAGCUCACCCACUCCCUGGGUGGGGGCACUGGCUCGGGCAUGGGCACCCUGCUCAUCAGCAAGAUCCGUGAAGAGUACCCUGACCGCAUCAUGAACACCUUCAGCGUGGUGCCCUCCCCGAAAGUGUCGGACACUGUGGUGGAGCCUUACAAUGCCACGCUCUCGGUUCACCAACUAGUAGAGAACACAGACGAGACCUUCUGCAUUGACAACGAGGCUCUCUACGACAUCUGCUUCCGUACCCUCAAACUCACCACGCCAACUUACGGAGACCUCAACCACCUGGUGUCAGCCACCAUGAGCGGGGUCACCACUUGCCUGCGUUUCCCCGGCCAGCUCAACGCCGACCUCCGUAAACUGGCCGUCAACAUGGUGCCUUUCCCCCGUCUCCACUUCUUCAUCCCCGGCUUCGCCCCCCUCACCAGCAGGGGGAGCCAGCAGUACCGUGCCCUCACCGUGCCUGAGCUCACCCAGCAAGUGUUCGACGCCAAGAACAUGAUGGCCGCAUGUGACCCGCGCCACGGUCGCUACCUUACUGUCGCCGCUGUCUUCCGUGGCCGCAUGUCCAUGAAGGAGGUGGACGAGCAGAUGCUCAACGUCCAGAACAAGAACAGCAGCUACUUCGUUGAAUGGAUCCCCAACAAUGUCAAGACAGCCGUCUGCGACAUUCCUCCAAGAGGCCUCAAAAUGGCAGUCACCUUCAUCGGCAACAGUACAGCCAUCCAGGAGCUGUUUAAGCGUAUCUCUGAGCAGUUCACCGCCAUGUUCCGCCGCAAGGCCUUCCUCCAUUGGUACACCGGAGAGGGCAUGGACGAGAUGGAGUUCACUGAGGCAGAGAGCAACAUGAACGACCUGGUGUCUGAGUACCAGCAGUACCAGGAUGCCACCGCUGAGGAGGAGGGUGAGUUUGAGGAGGAGGCUGAGGAGGAUGCUUAAAGAUGGAGUGAAGCAACACGAGCGAGGUGGAAGAAUGAAGAAAAGUCCUACAAAAAGCUGGAAAAUAACAAAAUACCACAAAAAGAGAAAAACAAAAUAAGUACCAAAAGAAAACUGGAGGAAUACUAUAGAACAUAGCUGAGAAGAGGAGGAGCCCAAUUGAAAAUCCAGAAAUUGAGGAUCCUAUCUGAAAAUGGCUGAAAUAGCUCGACAAGAACAGAAUGACUGAAGACUGUGACUGGACAUGGGUGAAUGAAUGUAAGGGAGGAGGAGAGGAGUGACAGCAGCAUAAUCAACAAAUCAACUGGACACAGUCUGCAUUCCAUUUACUGUGACAACAUGUACUGCAUGGUCUUGACUGUAUACCCAGAAAGGAAUUAAUGAAUAAAUAUACAGUAAGUUAAGAAACAAUGUUGUUGAAAGAAAGGCAAAGAAGAAGCCUAUACCUAUGAAAAGAUUGUUCCUGUUAUUUUCAGUGUUAUUUUGUUGUUGUUGUUGCCAUUUUUCAUUGAAUCAUGUCACAAAUAAAUGUGAAUGUGACCACAUAUGCACUACAGGACCUCUCACCCCACAGAUGGAGUUUUGAUUUUGAGACUAAGGUUAUUAACUUAUAGCCAUUGGCAAACAGAUCUGGGAUCAGACUAAUUAACUUAUGAACAGUCUUGAUUCUGGGCUGACUUUGAUGAAGGUGUCUGCUCCACCUGGAGCCGCCCUCACCCGGACACCAACCAACGUCUCGGUGGGGACGACCUCGAACUGGAACAUAAUAGGGAGAGUUCCAGGAAUUUCAUUCCAUUUGACCAUAGCAAGGUUUUGAAACAAGAUUAUCUGAAGGAACCUCUGCAAAUGUGUGUGUACAGAACAUUUUAGUAAAUGUUUACAUAUUGAACAACUAUUCAAAUAGAAGCCAUUGUUAUUUUAGGUCAAACCAGUUUGUCUAUAUGUCCAAACCCUGCUAUAGUGUCAGGUAUUGUUGACAUCUGUGCUGCACUAUGAAAGGCUGAAACUGCAACCGUCUUGCAUGUGUUUUGUUCGUUCUUUUCUAUUCUGAUUAUAUAUAUUUUUUUUAUCCUUGAGAAAGUGAAAAGUUGUUGCCUCUGGGGAGAAAUAAAAAGGCAUUUUUAGAAAACCUC